AUGUCUCGAGCGGAGAGCGGCGAGGCGGUGCAGUGUGAGAAAGACCUGGCCUGUUACCUGCAGGACUGCGAGUCUCUGAUCAGACAACUCAACCAGGAGCUCAAAAUCCUGCAGGAGGAGAAGUACUACCAGGUGGCGCAGCUGGCGUUCAGAGUGUCCUGCCUUCAGGAGGAGCUGGUCUCCCUCAGACUGCAGUGCUCCAGUGUCUACAGGAAAGGACAUUUCUCUCAGGCUCUGGGCAGCACCGGAACCGAGCACACCAGCCAGCGAGUCACCGACAGCGGCCUGUCACUCGGUCAAACGCUGCUGGGAGCCGUGGGAGCUGUGGGGGCCGUUGGAGCCGCGCUACUACGGCGACCCAUGGCCCGUUCCCAGCUGGUGGCCAUGUCUUCGUCAGAGGACGAAGGGAGUCUGAGGUUCAUCUACGAGCUGCUUGGAUGGGUGGAAGAGACGCAGGAGCUGUUGGAGCGAGCUGAAUGGGGAGCGGACCUCCCUUCUGUAGAACACAACCUCCAAGAGCACAACAACAUACACACUGCAGUUGAAGAGUUAAUGAGCAGCCUGCAGGAGGCACGCAGCUAUGAGGCAAAAGUUUCCCCCAACUUCAAAAGCAGUUACUCAGAAACCCUGGCCAAGCUGGAGCAUCAAUACUGCAAACUACUG